UAUUUUUGUUUUAUCGUCCUCUGCCUAUAUCAUUCCCUUGUUCAGAUUCGUCUGUAAUAUCAGACUAAGAUCUCUUCGUUUAAUGCUCUUCUUCUUCUUCUUCUAGUUUCGUUGGUGGGUUUUUGCUUGGAAGAAUCAAAACGAAGAAGAAUGGUUAAUUCUUGUGAGAACAACAACAUCGUCGUUGAACCAACAAAAACGACGAUUCUUCAAGAUGAAACGAGAAGUAGAAAGGUGGGACAAGAGAUGAAGAGAAGAGUAUUGGGUGUCAUUAAUCAGAAUCUGGUUGGUGCAAGAGGCUAUCCUUGUGUUGUCAACAAGAGAGGAAACCUAUCCAAGCAAGAAGAAGGAUGUCAAAAGAAGAAGCCUGAUCCUCUGCGAUCAUCAAUUACAAGCAGAUCUCGAGUUGAAGAGCCAUUGUGUCAACAAGAUGAGGAGAAGAAGAAGCUGAAGCCAACAGUUCCAAGCGCAAACGAGGAAGAAGCUACAUUGGACCAACCAGUUCCAAUGUCUCUGGAGAAGCCUUACACUGAAGCUGAUGAUCCAACGGAGGAAGUUGAGAUGGAGGAUGUAACGGUGGAAGAACCAAUCUUGGACAUAGAUGUCUCAGAUGCCAAGAACUCACUUGCAGCUGUUGAGUAUGUCCAGGAUCUAUACGCAUUUCACCGAGAAAUGGAGAGGUUUAGCUGUGUUCCAGUAGAUUAUAUGAUGCAACAAAUCGACUUAAACGAGAAGAUGAGAGCUAUACUAAUAGACUGGUUGAUCGAGGUGCAUGACAAGUUUGAUCUGAUGAACGAGACACUGUUUCUGACAGUGAAUCUGAUAGAUAGAUUCUUGUCCAAGAAAGCUGUGUUGAGAAAGAAGCUUCAGCUUGUAGGGUUAGUGGCUUUGUUCUUAGCUUGCAAGUAUGAAGAGGUUUCCGUUCCUCUUGUUGAAGAUUUAGUACUCAUUUCAGACAAAGCUUAUACCAGGACUGAUGUUCUACACAUGGAGAAAACAAUGUUGAGCACUUUGCAAUUCAAUGUCUCGUUGCCUACACAAUACCCUUUCUUGAGAAGAUUCCUUAAGGCAGCUCAAGCAGAGAAGAAGUGUGAGGUUUUGGCGUCAUUCUUGAUGGAGCUUGCCCUUGUGGAGUAUGAGAUGCUUCGGUUUCCGCCUUCAUUACUAGCUGCCACAGCGGUGUACACUGCUCAAUGUACACUCGAUGGAUUCAGGAAAUGGAACACUACAUGUGAAUUCCACUCUCACUACUCUGAAGAUCAGCUCAUGGAAUGUUGUAGGAAGAUGGUGAGUCUUCAUAAGAGGGCGGCGACAGGGAAAAUGACAGGAGUAUAUAGGAAGUACAGCACAUUCAAGUUUGGGUACAUAGCCAAGUCUGAAGCUGCACACUUUCUUGUUUCUUAGUCUCAUCAUCAUCCUUAAGGCUGCUGCAAAGACAGCAAUUUUUUGUACAGCUCUAUUGACAUAAUAGCUCCUCCUCUGUUUCCUCUGAAACACAAAUAACACACCCCAAACAGAAAAGCCAAGUUCAAUUUGUCUGAAGUUUGAUUCUGAUUCCUUAUCGUCGUUG